AUGGUGUCAUUGCAAUCCCUACUUGUCGCGAGCGUGCUGGCUAGCGCUGCCUCCUGCGCGCCUUCAGCUGACUGUCACACCAUUGCUGCGCGAUCAGGUUCGGGAAAACGCGGUCUUGCUUACAACAAUGGUGACCUCCUCCCCAUAUUCCUCCGCAUUGGAGAGUCCUUUUCCUGGUCCUAUAAUUGGAAUGGCAGGUCUUCGGGCGACACUUCGACCAUUGAAUUUGUGCCCAUGCUUUGGGGGGCGAGGAGCUUCGGAUCAUGGUACGGGGAUGCUGAAACGUCCCUUGCUUCCGGGAGCAAAAACCUGCUUGCGUUCAACGAACCUGAUAUACUCUCGCAAGCCAAUAUGACUCCUGAAGUUGCCGUGCAGGCUUAUUUGAAGUACAUGAACCACUACUCAGGCAGGGCCCGCCUAGGCUCUCCGGCCGUUUCCAAUGGAGCCCCCCCGUUAGGACUUGGCUGGAUGAAAAACUUCCUCGACAUUUGCGGGGGAAAAUGCAAGAUUGACUUCCUCGCUGUCCAUUGGCACGGUCCGGCUGGAAAUGUAGAUGACUUCAAACGCUACAUUUCCAAUGCAAUUGCCCUUGCCAAGAAUUAUGGAAUUGCCACUGUCUGGGUUACUGAAUUUGGGGCGCAAGGGGAUGAGUGGCAGCAGGUACAAUUCCUGAAAGAGGUGCUCCCUUGGUUAGAUAACAAUGCUGGCGUGGAGCGCUAUGCCUAUUUCUUCGUUGAUACGCUUGCACGGGGAGGUUCAUUGUCUUCUGUCGGCCAAGUUUAUAGCACCAUCUAA